AUGGAAAGCUCUCAACUAGAUGCACAAACUGUUGAUGUUGAUGCUCCCCAAACCAUUGAUGUUGAUCUUGAUGUGGAUGAAGGAGAUGAUGAAGUAGUUGCAGAUAAUAAGGGUGGUGGUCAUAGAGUAUCUUGGGUAUGGCAACAUUUUGAUAGAGAUGUCGUAAAGAAGGGUGCUAAGAAAGUGAAAUGCCCAUAUUGUUCAACAAUGAUGUGUCCAAAUUCAAAGAAAAACGGUACGAGUGCAAUGGGAAAUCAUUUAAGACUCUAUUGUCCAACAUCUCCUGUUUAUGACCCUAAAGGAAAAGUUGGUGAUACGAAAAAACAAUAUGUGUUGAGUUUCAAAAAAGUAGGAGACUCGGGGGCUACUUCUUUGGAAGUUCAUUCCUUCAGCCAAGAGAAAUGUAGGAAUUCCUUAGCCCGCAUGUGUAUCAAAGACAAUCAACCUUUUAGCAUAGUUGAAGAUGAAGGAUUUAGGGAAUAUUCACGGGAUUUGCAACCUCUAUUUAAAUUGCCUUCAAGGUGGACUGUUGCAAGGGAUUGUUUGCAGAUAUACAAAGAAGAAAUGUAUAAAUUGAAGGAUGUUUUAAAAAAUCAAACGGUCUCCAUUACAACUGAUACUUGGACAUCCAUCCAGAACAUUAACUAUAGUUGUUUAACGGUGUUUACAGUGACUGUGGAUAAUGCUUCCUCAAAUGAUGGGGCAAUUAGGUAUCUAGCGACCAUGCUUAGGGGACCCCAUGCCUUUUUGGAUUGCAAAUAUUUGCAUUUGAGGUGUUGUGCUCAUAUCAUAAAUCUUGUGGUUAGGGACGGGUUAGAAGAACAUUUUAGUUCCAUCACAAAGAUCCGAAAUGCUGUGAAGUAUGUGAGGUCAUCGGGUGCUAGGUUUGCUACAUUCCUAGAGUGUGUUGAGAAAGUGAAGAUUAAUUGUAGUAAGAAACCAUCCCUUGAUGUUGACAUAAGAUGGAAUUCUACAUUUUUGAUGUUAGAGACGGCAGAAAAGUAUGAGGCGGCGUUUGAUAGGCUUCUUGCGAUUGAUAGUGGUUUUAAAACUUUUUGUGGAAGUGAGGUUGAUGAUGGUGAAGUGACUACCAGAAAAAGAAGAAGAAAUGAGAAAGUUGUGGGGACUCCCGAUGCCGACGAUUGGGAGGUUGCUAGGUAUUUUAUCGACUAUUUGAGGAUCUUUUACAAUGUCACAAAAAAGAUAUUCGGGUCCAAGUAUGUGACAGCAAAUAUAUUUUUUAAGGAACUUGUGACAAUGCAAGCAAGCAUAACUAGAAUGUGUGCAAGCACAGACGAGAAAAAGAAAAAGAUGGCAAAGUCGAUGAAAGAAAAAUACGACAAAUAUUGGGACAACAUUGAGAACAUGAACUUCAUGCUUCACAUUGCUGUCGUUUUAGAUCCCCGCAACAAGAUGUGUUAUUUGGAGUAUUGCUUGGAGUUGAUUUAUGGUAAGAAUUCUACCAAAACAAAAACAAUUUUGGAGCAUGUCAACAAAACACUAGAGGACUUGUUUCAACACUUCAAGAACAAGACGGAGAGAGAAAGAUGUGAAAAGACAAGGAGUGCAUCGUCUUCUACACCUAGUUAUUUUGAUUUUGAGCAUGGAGUUGAUAUGGAAGACGAUUUUGAAAGGUUUAUGGAACAACGUGGACAUGGGGUUAAUAAAACAGAGCUUGAGAUUUAUUUAUCAGGUGGGAUGGAAAAACGGGCGGAGGAUUUCCAGAUUUUGGGGUGGUGGAAAUCUAAUUCAACAAAGUUUCCUGUACUUUCUGAAGUGGCGAAACUUGUUUUAGGAAUGCCAAUCUCCACAGUUGCAUCAGAGUCGGCAUUCAGUACUGGCGGGAGGGUGAUUGAUGAAAGUAGAAGCUCCCUUACACAUGUGACUGCCGAAGCUCUGAUUUGUGCACAAGAUUGGAUACGGGACACCCCAAUUGAUAUCCAGUUUAAAAAUAUGACGACUUUAUAUAUGGAAGAGACGCGAGAGAAGUUGGUGCCAAUAGAAACCGAGGAAUUGGGGUGUGGUCAAGGGAGUUGCAUGGAUGAGGAUUUUACUUGA